CAGUCCAGUGUAUGUCCUGCGUCCAGAAGGUAAAGAAGCGCCAACUCGUACAGUGCAUAGAAAUAACUUGCGAACAUGUCCCUUCCUGUUGGCAGAAGAGGAUCUCCAAAGAGAAAACAGUGAGACUCCCGACCCAAUGUUACAACCACCACCUCCAACCUUAUGGCUGCCAAGAUUAUUAAUGGGGCCUAACCAAGACUUUUCAGCCGGUCAAGAAAGACCAGCACCAGCUGCACCACCUGACCCUCCAGAUGUACUCGUGGCUAUUGAUGAAUGUGGGGAACCCCUACGUCGAUCUGAGAGAUCCAACUUGGGCAAACCCCCUGUAAGCUGUGAGUUAUUGGGCGCCACCCCUUUUGACAUUAUUUAAGAGCGCCCUGCACUGGACAAGCAAGCGGAGGAAACAUAAGAGACUGCAAAACAAGGGGGAACGAACGCAUGGACAGGUGAUCGCCAGGAGAAACGUAAAAGAGAAGUACGCCACGCCGAAAACGAGGGGGGCAGCGGAGGACGCAGACUGCAGAGGCCGAGCACGCAGCAGGGAGCUGGAUCGGAAAGCGGUGACGGUGUCGAGGAGCGCCGGGGCGACCAGCAAGCUGUUAAAAGCCUUCUGACAGAUGAGUAAAAGGAACGUCGGCCCUCCCCCUUGUAGUGUGCGUGUGGGUCCGAGAGAUCGGUGGACAGGCUGCAGCUGAGCGUCUUGUUGUUUGUGUUUGCAGCUGGCAGCGGGCGCGUUUCCCCAUCUCCACACAGCAAGUGGACCACGCCCCCUUUGCGUAUGCGGACUGGGAUUCCCCUCAAGGCGGAUCAAGUUUCCGAUUGCACGAACGGACUCAAGUGGACAAUCUUUUAUUUUUAAUCUUUUUUUUGUAUAACUAAUUUUAUCAUAUUUAUCUUUUUUUAGAAAAUAGAUUUUUUUUUUUAAAAUAAAUACUUGAAUUUUUUUUUCGAACAGAGUUUUGUCAUUCUUACACAGCGUGUUUUUUAAAAGAGCCGAACAAAAAAAACCAAGAAGAACCCUUUGAGUUUUUGACAUAUUUUUGGCGUUGUUGGCAGGAUCGGCUCCGCUGUGUAAGAAUUAUGUCUGAGUCUAAUGAGAGUGCGAGCCCAAUAGUGGCAAACUUUACCAUGCCGUGGUUUAUGGGAGCCGCUUUUAUUCCUAAGUUUAAUGGCGACCGGUCCACGUUUACAGAAUGGAGGGUUCAGGUGGAAGCGAUGCUGCGUGCACAAGGACUCGGCCCUCAACAGCAAGCAGAUUUUAUCAUGAGUGCUCUAGAAGGUGAGGCCAAGAGAGAACUCUUACUUCUACCACAAGAGGAGAGGAACACAGGGGACAAAGUCUUCGAGCUGCUUCAACGUGAAUUUGCUAAACCUGUUUCCAAAGCCCAGUUAAGAGCUGCAUUCUUUAAUUGCCGACAAAAAUCAGACGAGACUGCUCAUUUAUUUAUUUUAAGAUUAAGAGAGGUAUUUUCUAAAUGGCGUCAACAAGAUGAGAAUGGAGCUAGAGAUGCAGAUGAUCUACUUCUUGAUCAGCUUUUGGUUGGCCUCCGGACUGGUGCAGUGAAACAAGAGCUAAAUAGGCAGAUCCGUCGUACUACCAAUGUAACUUUUUUUGAAGCCUGUAGAGAAGCAAGAGCCUUAGAAAAAGAAUUGGAUGAAGAGGGAGAAGUCAUAUCUGCUCAAAGAGUUGUUGCUCAAAGACAUGUUUCUAUUGCUGACCUUGACCAACUCAAACAGGAACUUCGUACAGAGAUGCAACAGGAACUGAGGGACAUGAAAGAGCUACUCACUGAAAUAAAGACAUUAGCAAGCCCAAGGGAAACUUCACAAACGCCUCUUCAUCCCUGUUUCCCAGCAUCAAUGGAGGAUCACACUCAAGGAAGUAGGGCUGCUCACCCACUUCCACCCAGAAAUCCCAGCACGGUUCAUCCUCGAGCAUCUGGAAAUCAAUGGGACGCGCAGGGCAGACCAAUCUGCAGACGCUGUGGACUGGCUGGCCACAUGCAAAGAAGGUGCCCCCAAAGAUCCAAUACUCAUCAGGAUUUUUAGAAUCCCCUGCUGCUGAGGGCCUGGCUGUGGGGGUGUCGAGGAGUGCCACCAAGUCUGCUUUGGUCGGUGAGUGCCCGACUGUGACAAUAUUUUUAAAUGACUGUCCUGUCCCCUUUGUAAUUGAUACAGGAUCCCAAGUUACCAUGCUCAGCCAAAGCCUGUUCAGAAAAUGCUUGGGAGGUUUCCCAAACCAAGUCAAAGAAGCUCCCUGGCUGAAGCUCCGUGCUGCGAAUGGCUUGGAAAUCCCCUAUGUUGGAUAUGCCCUGUUG